AUGAAGAGUUUGUCGUGGACCUGGCUCGUGGAAGAGUUCAAGGUUUUGAGCUCGGCGCUUUCCGAGGUUUACGCCUUAGCUCCCAUCCAAUCAUCCAGCCUCUCAGUAUAUAUAGCCCUGCGUUUAUUGCCCACAUUGGAACUAGUGUCGUACAAUAAUGUGACCGCACAGCUAGGCCCUGAGCGUAACUCUCAUAUUGCACUACGCACUGGAUACUAA